CAACGACAAGGAAGAAAGCCGACAACAAGUAGGGGAAUACGACGACCCGAAGGACGAAAGGAAGACAAGGAUAGCUUUGGGAUGCAGUGAUCGGGUGUGAAGGGGAGUGAGCUGGGCCUUUUUCUCUUCUUACCCCCUGAUUCACUAUGUGGCUGUCUUCACAUUUGAUGGAUAUGUCGAUGGAGUUGUGAUUGGUGGCUUUUCGUCUGAUAUAUAACAAUACAGCCAUUUGUUAUAUCGGCUGUGUACUCGCGACAAUGGCUUCAAAAGAGGGACCUUCAGAGGUCCCAAAGCUGGCGCCAGACCUUGAGAUUGUGGGAGAUCAGGUCAGAAUUCAGCCUACCGGAUUUACAGCCGGGAUCGAGGAAACAGAUGGCAUUACCGAACGCCGGUUGAUGCACCAGAUGGGCAGAUUUCGAGAGAACCCUUUUGAUUUCUUACGAGAAAUCAGCCUCUUUGUGUCAGGUACCGGGUGGCGUGCAUACGAUGAUUUUAUUGGUCAGCCCAUCUUCUACUCUGGCUUCUCUGAGAAGAUGAAGUCGUCUGUAGCAAGUCACUCGCUGCUAGUUGGCAAGAUUGAAGAGCUGGCAGAAUCGCGGGUUAAGACUGAGGAGGUUGAAGGGCUACUGAGCGUUACUGCGCCGGCGAGUUCUAAUGGCGGACCUAGUGUUGAUGCACGGACUAGGAGAAAGGAGGAGAUCGCGGCUAGUCUGCGAGAGGUUGUUGAUACCAUGAUGGAUAACAUGAUUUGCAAGAUGGAGAGCAAGUCAUUUAUCCGAGGAGCAUAUUAUAUUACUACUCAGAUCCUGACUAGAGCGUAUCAUCAAGGUAGGUCAAAUGGUUAUUGUUUCAUGCAUGAAGACAUCCAUCUUUGCUGAGCGCAUAGAUUGACUGGUAUGUCUUAGGAAUCCAUGUUUCUAGCGAGGAGGUGCUGAGGCUUAGGAAAGUCGCUGAAGAUGCAGCCAAGAGAAAACAAUCCAUUGUAUUCUUACCUUGCCACAAAUCCCAUGUCGACUAUGCAUCCCUUCAAGUUAUCUGCUAUCGGCUAGGGAUAGCUCUCCCGGUUGUGGUUGCUGGAGACAAUUUGAACAUUCCUUUGCUCGGGAGUUUCUUGCAGCAUGCUGGUGCUAUGUGGAUUCGACGCAAGUUUGGAAACGAUCCAUUGUACCAUGCUCUUGUUCAAGCAUACAUUGAUACCCUGUUGAGCAACGGCCAUAACUUUGAAUGUUUUGUUGAAGGCGGCAGAUCUAGAACCGGAAAACUCUUACCGCCCAAAUAUGGUAUUCUUAGAUAUGUUUUGGACAGUGUUGGCUCUGGCCGUGUGGAGGAUGCGCUUAUAUGCCCUGUCAGCACUCAGUACGACAAAGUUAUCGAGACCGAGUCAUAUAUCAGCGAGCUUCUCGGUCAACCGAAACAAAAGGAAAAUCUACGGGACUUUAUAUCCGCUUCCUCUGUUCUUUCACUGAAGCUAGGCCGGAUUGAUGUUCGGUUCCAUGAACCAUGGAGCUUAAAGCAAUUCAUUACACAGCAGACUACCAAAAUACACCAUAUGCCUACUAAUGAGAGGAAUCUGAUGGCAACUAUCAGUCAAGAGGAGCGAUCAAGAAUCCUACGCACUUUUGGCUAUCGUGUCCUUUCCCAGAUCAAUGACGCUUCGGUCAUCAUGCCCACCGCUCUCGUGGGCACCGUCCUUUUAACGCUAAGAGGUCGAGGUGUUGGUAAAGCUGAACUAUCCCGAAGAGUGGAUUGGCUAUGUCAUCGUGUCAAGGAAAAAGGUGGGCGGGUUGCACAUUUCUACAGAGCACCAACAACACAUGUUGUAGAGCGUGCCCUAGAGGUAUUGGGUCCAAAACUUGUGGGCAAAACGGCUGGACUGGCGGAAGAGACAUAUCAUGUCGUUGAUCGGUUCCAAUUGUCCUUCUACCGGAACAUGACCAUUCAUCUAUUUAUCCCCGAAGCCUUGGUAUCCGUCGCCCUGUACAGCCGAGUAAAGAAAGGCGGUGAACCAUCUAACCAGCAGAUAACUUAUGAUGAGCUUCUUACUCGUGUAUCAUUCCUAUCGCAGGUUCGUAUCCCAUUAUAUUUUACGACAAGGAAUAUGACGCUAAAUAGAUAUGAUAGCUAUUCCGAGGCGAGUUUAUCUUCCCUCCAGAGGGGCUAACGGCAAACUUGGAGAAAACACUACAUGGGCUGGAAAGAGGAAAUGUGCUCAAGGUUACCAAAGACGCAUCAAACGUUCCACAGAUGAUUGAGCUCAGUGAGCAUGAGAGAAACUGUGGCCGUGAAAACUAUGACUUCUAUUGCUUCCUGCUGUGGCCAUUUAUUGAAGCGUGCUGGCUGGGAACUGUUUCCCUGAUAGGCCUAACACCGCCACUUACAGACCCGACAAAUGUCUGGGUUGACAUGAAUAAGGCCCAGAGCAAUGCUCAGCUGGUAAGUUUAUGCUUGGGAUUAUUGAUUCCUUUCUUCACUUUAUUGUUAACAAGCGGUUACAGCUCGGGAAAACGCUAUACUACCAAGGUGAUCUCUCUUACAUCGAAGCUGUCAACAAGGAGAUAUUAAAGAACUCCUACCAGCGAUUUGAGGAGGAAGGCAUAAUUAUCACCGCUAAGAGCAAGGAAUCUCCUCAACCGCCAACGAUGCGAGUUUCGCCUGAAUGGGCACCCGAAAGAGACCCCGAGACAGGCAAACUACUUCCACACGGAAAACUAUGGGAAUUUAUUCGCAUGAUUGCGCAAUCCCGUCGUGAAGGGUAUGUGGAGGACUCCAUGCAUACCGAGCUCAGCUAACGUGCACAUACAGAAAAAACCGUCGUGAUGGAGAGACCAUCUCCUCCCGCGUACUAGAGCUCAGUGAGGCUAUGGGAAGAACACUCUUUCAGGCAGUACACCCAGUCAAACCCGCAUCUGCCGACGGGGAGAUUGAGCUAUCUUCGCAGAUACAACGGCGACGAGCAAUUGAUACCGCAUCGAAGCUGUAGUACUGCCCGCGACCCUUGUCGAUGUAGAAUGUAAUAGGCCGAAAUCGAGAUAUGCCAACGAAAAAAUGUAUAUAUGCACAACGAUCUUAACAGCACACGUUACAUACCCCUCUUUUAUCCGUGUAAUAUGGCGCGAUGCAUUUGAGAUAGGUACCUGUAGAAUCCUAGUUAACAUAAUGCGUAAUGACAUCCCAAGACUCGUUUUCGCUCGGUUCACGUUUGCAUAGGAGGAGGCCGUACUUGCCGAGCCACGCCCUUGUCGGUAUGUACGAACCCGCCUCCCCUACGGAGUACUCUGAAAGCAUCGCGGUCAUCGCUAUCACUCGAUUUAAUGGCUGUAUGUAUCAUCGUUGCAGCUUGUACCAUGGCCCACAGAUGAUAGAGUCACCUCGUUGUAGCAUCAGCAUGUAAACUUAGCGCACCAUGUGCGACCCUGGGGUCGACCAGAACAAAUGGUCUGGUCAUGCAUAUCCUAUCAAAGCAUGCAAGGUUAGCACAAGAACGGGUUCAUCCGAGCAUCGAAGUCGAUCAUCUUCCAAGGGGCUUUUGCCCAUGCCACUGUCCAGGUUUUGGUUAGUUAUCCUUUCACCUGCUAAACUUGCUGAUUAUUGGAUAGUUAAAUGAAUGCAUACGUACUCAAUCAUCUCUCACCAGGCAGCCAAAAAGAUGGCGCUAGAGACUUGCUAACCUACAAAUUGAGCUAUCAUCUUGGUCUCAUCUUCGACUUUACCUCUCGUCGUCGUCGUCUUUCAUCUUAUCUUUGAUCUUAUCAGUUCCAUCUUAUCGCCAUCUUUCCCCGACUAUUACCACGUGACUGAUUAAUCAUC